AUGGGCAUGCAACCUGGCGCUGGAGGAAUGGGUCCAGGAGGCAUGGGCGGACAACAUCCCGGGUCGGGCAUGGCCAUGCAAGCGCAAAUGGGUGGCCAGACGAUGGCGGGAGGCGCGCCAAAUGCACAAGCUAUGAGCCAUAUGACACCACAGCAGAUGCAACAGCAGCAGCAGCAAGCUCAUAUAGCUGCGCAGAGUACGUUGUAUCUUCACCGCAGGAAUCAAGACGCGACUAACAAGGUCAACUCAGUGCAAGCGAAUCCGCAAUUUGCGAUGCAGCAAUAUCAGAUCCGGCAACGUCAAGCACAGAUGAUGCAGCAGCACCAGCAGCAACAGGCCGCCAACGGUAUGAUGAACAUGCAGCAGCAGGGCAUGUUGAGUCAAGCACAGAUGGCUCAGCUGCAGCAGAACCAACAACAAGCCAUGCAAGCUGGUGUUCAGCUGCCACCUCACAUGCAGCAGCAGAUUCAGCUUCAACAACAGCGACUUGCGGCUCAACAACACGCACAAGCACAACAAGCGCAAGCGCAACAACAACAGCAGAAUCAAAUGGCUCAACAGAUGGCUAUGCAGCAUGCAAACUCUCAGCAAAGCAAUCCAGGACAGCCAGGCCCUCCAAACCCACAACCCUCGCAAGGCCAAUCGCAGAUUCCCCAGCAAGGUCGACCUCCGUCGCGAAUCGCAAAUCCCAAUGAGCAAGCGCAACAGUCCGGCCAGCCUCAGCAACACGCUCCACAACAAGGACAACCAAAUCAACCUCAGCCCCAGCAAAACCCGCAGCCUGGUCAACCAGCAAAUCCGCAGCAGCAGCAGGCUCAGCAACAGCAGGCCCAACAGCAGCAAGCCCAGCAGCAGCAAUUGACGCAACAACAGCAGAUGCAGCGACAGCAACAGAUUCAAAUGCUGCAGCGACAACAGACCAUCCGGCAAAUGCAGGCGCAAGCGCAGAGUCAAGGCCAGCAACAACAGGCUGCUCAGGGAGGCAUGUUCAUUUUGAGGUUGAUGAACUUUAGCGACCAUUUGAGCAAUUUCGUCACCUCAAACGGAAAGGACAUUGCGAUGUGGCACAAUUUCGUCGACCGACAUUUUGCUGCGGAUGGUCGUCUUGUGCAUAGCUUCGACGAUAACAGCAAUCCCGGGGCUAAUGGCAGGGGAAAGAUAUUCGAGGUACUCCGACCCACGCUUCCACGAUACUUUUGCACAUAUUUCGAAUCUGGAGCAAGCGCAUUACGAUUGCACACGGAGCACGCGCGAGAGGUACCACAAGGGAACGGCAUGCACUUGGUGACUUGUCAAAACGCGACACUCUCGGUCUCAUAUCCGAAUGGUGCUCGUCUUGAUAUGUCAGGCUCUCUGCACGUGCUGUUCUCUGCUGGAAAUGACACCAUUGAAUGCUUUCAAUUCGCGACAACGGGCACGGAAGAGACCUUGACGAGGGCGCAGAUUGAGAAGACGCUGAACGAGCACUCACCGACAUUGCCCAUCAAGGCUUCGCCGAAGAUGACCAAGAACAAAUUACCCAAAGCACAACAAAAGAUGCAAGACCAGCAGGACCGUUUGACCAUAGAUCACUUCCCCAAAACGCCAAAAGGAACCAUCGGGAUCACCUCCAAGGUGCAACAGUUCCUAGAGAUUGGCGAAACCAUGAAUGUGAUGUCCGACCUCAUGCACUACUCACAGGAAAAGAAGAUGCGUCCCGACCAGGCAUUGGAAGCUCUCGUCGCACAAUACGAUGCCCAAUCGAACGGACAAGGCAACCCGCAGAUCAACCUUCCACCAAACGGCAUGCGGACACCGAGCAUGCAAAACAUGCAGAUGCCACAAAAUGGACAGCAAGGCGCGUUUUCAUCACCAUCCGUGUCGAAUCUCAACCUGCCCAUGAACGGCAUGAACGGCUCACCGCACAUGGGGAAUAAUCCCGGCAACCUCGGCGCACCGAACAUGAGCAUGCCAAAUCACACGCCUUCACCGCAUCAGUCGAACAUGGCUGCACCGCAGAUGAUGCCCCAGCACAGCCAGCAGGGCACGAACAGCAGCGUCGCCAGCGCGAAUACAAGUCCGAACGUCAAUAACAACAACAAUAAGCGGCGGCGGAGUACAGUCAAACUCGAAGGCGACGACGCCGGCGGCCAGGACGGAAUGGGGAAUGCCAAUCGCGUUAAGCCCAGCUUCUGGGCGGUGGCGAGGAUGAUUGUCAUCGAUUCAUCCCUCGACUACUCACAUUUGUUCAAAACCCUGCUUUGCUUUAUGUGCUUACGUCCUUUCAGCGUGGCGUUGUCAGGCUGGGUCAUGGUCCCAAGAGUGUGCGUUGAUUGCAGUCCAGUCCUCAUCACUCCGAUCGACAUACGCAAGGACGCGCUCGAGGCAAGCGCAAGGCGCGACGCGCAGCAAAUCGCCGAGCAUCUCUUUCAGCCGUCCUACUGGAACUUUGCGCACACUGCUGUCACCAUCUCUCAGACCUCGCGUUUACAGUGUCACAGGCAGUAA